AUGCAUAGGUAUACUUAUGCACACAUUCGUUCAGUUUCUAUGCUCAAAAUGGCUUUUAAAAAUCUUAGAUUCGUGUCGCCAUCAUUAAAGGAAAGAAGUACAUUUUUCAAUGAUACUCAUGUUAUAGGGAAGAACUUUGGUAGUACAACUAAUGAUGAUAAAACAAAAGAUAUAAAAUAUCGGAAGGAAACCGAUACUUUUGGGGACCUGCAAGUUCCUGUUGAUAAGUAUUAUGGAGCUCAAACUCUUCGCUCAAAAAUAAAUUUCCCAAUUGGAGGAAAAAGGGAACAAAUGCCAAAAGAAAUAAUAAUAGCAAUGGGAAUAUUAAAAAAAGCCUCAGCCGAGGUGAACAGAGAAUAUGGGUUGAAUAGCAAAAUAGCUGAAAAUAUUUCUAAGGCUUGCGACGAAUUAAUAUCUGGUAAAUUAUACAAAGACCACUUUCCUUUAGUUAUUUGGCAAACAGGAUCUGGUACGCAAACAAAUAUGAACUGUAAUGAAGUUAUCAGUAAUCGUGCUAUCGAACUAAUGGGUGGUGAAUUGGGCUCAAAAAAACCUGUCCAUCCAAAUGAUCAUGUAAAUAUGUCGCAGAGCUCAAAUGACACGUUCCCUACUGCAAUUCAUAUUUCUGUGGCAAUGCAACUAGUAAAUACACUAAAGCCGAAUAUUGAAUUUAUGCGAGAAGGUUUAAAAUUGAAAUCGGAAGAGUUCAAGGAUAUUGUAAAAAUAGGACGAACACAUACAAUGGAUGCUGUACCUUUAACACUGGGUCAGGAGUUCAGUGGUUAUACACAACAAAUGACUUAUGCUCUUCAACGAAUCGAUGCAUGCCUCCCACGGGUAUAUGAAAUUGCUCUUGGCGGAACCGCUGUAGGAACAGGACUCAACGCACCUGAAGGUUUUGCCGAAAAAGUUGCAAAACGAAUUGGCGAAUUGACAUGCUUACCAUUUGUAUCGGCACCGAAUAAAUUCGAAGCGCUAGCAGCACGUGAUACGAUGGUAGAAGUAAGUGGAGUGUUGAACACAAUAGCAUGCAGUGUGUUUAAAAUAGCUAACGAUAUACGUUUUCUCGGUUCUGGACCACGAUGUGGCUUUGGUGAGCUGAUGUUACCCGAAAAUGAACCAGGUAGUUCAAUUAUGCCAGGGAAAGUAAACCCCACACAAUGCGAGGCAAUUACGAUGGUUGCCGGACAAGUGAUUGGUAAUCACGUCGCAGUUACUAUAGGAGGAUCGAACGGUCAUUUCGAAUUGAAUGUUUUCAAGCCAUUGGUGGUAUCGAAUGUUCUCCGUUCUAUUCGUUUACUCUCUGAUGCCAGUCGGACUUUUACCUGCAAUUGCAUAAAAGAUAUUCAACCGAACAAAGACCGCAUCAAUAAGAUAAUGAACGAGUCUUUAAUGUUGGUGACAGCAUUAAACCCGCAUAUUGGUUACGACAAGGCGGCACAAAUAGCUAAAACAGCUCACAAGAAUGGGACUACUCUUAAAGAAGAGGCAAUAAAUUUAGGUUACUUAACCGAACAGCAAUUUAAUGAUUGGGUAAAACCACAGGAUAUGCUUGGACCGAAAUCAAUGAUGCAGAGUGCUAAAACUAAUAAAUAA